AUAAGUGUAAUGCUUGGCCAUUUGAGUCAGAAUAAGAUUACCCUAGCAACUAAGGCGUCGAGUGACGUAUGCUUGCUAAAUUGGGAAAGAUGUGAUAUCUGAAUUAAUGCUUCGCACCAAAUCGAAACUCAAUACUCGAAGAAUAAAAAAUACCAAGUUCGAAAUACUAAAGAGGGUCACCCUAACAAAACGUAAACAGAACUUAAAACGAAAUGGACAAGCAACAACUUACGCCGGAUUCGGAAAACUCCGGACAGAAAGACGCAGUAAAGAAUGGGAGCAUUCCGAGGGAUGUGAAACUAAAGCUGCAACGGCAGCUGCACAAGCAGGGCUACUCCCAGCAAGUCCUGCUCGAAGCAUCCAAUCACCGAAAUCGAAACUAUUCGAACGCCAUUCUGGAAUAUGUGGCCACCACGAUUGGCAGGAGCGAGGAAAUGGUUAAAAAAUGCGACUCUGUUAGCUUAAGCAACAUUACUCAGUGGCUGGAACUCAUGAAAAGCUCCAAACUCUCGGAUCUCUGCGAAUUCGAAGCAGCCGCCGCUGUGAACUCGAUAAUCCAAAAUGAGACAAAGCCAUCGCCACAGGAACUGAGUGGCAUUAACUUGAACGAGGCCUACAAGUUUCUGGAAAACGCUUUGAUGGGCCAGCCGCAAAAGAAGAUGAGUGAUGCGACCAAGGCAUUUUUGUCCAAAGAAUUCGAGCUCCUCAUCGAGGAGGCGAACACCGACGAAUCCGACAAUGUGGCACGCAGCAUGGGACAGCGCCUGUAUGAUCAUCAGGGCUUGGAUUACAUGGAGCAGCGGCAAAAAUGCAGCUUGGAUCCACUUUUCCUGGACGAGAAGCUAACGUAGAGGCCGGAGUGUAAUUGAGUACAGCGCAUUUAUUCAUUUCCACACAUUUAUUAAACAUUUAAAUUCAAUUUUUGUUAUAUACGUACAUUGUCACACGCAUUUGCACCAUUCCAUCAUCAAUUAACCAUCGAUCCCAUGUUUAUACAUUAGUAGUACUAUGCCAAAUGCCCCAACCUUUGUACGUAUUAAUAUUCGAUAAUUACACUCAUAAUUAAGUACUUGACUAUAAACAGUUUUAGCACAUUUAAAAUCUA